AAAACUCGGAAAAACUCGAAAAAAAUUGAUGUUACGCGAACUGUACGAGAUUUGAGUGAAAGAAACUGCACGGUUUUUGCUAGUUUUGGCCGUAGGUUUCGAUUUCUUUUCCUCUCCCGGUGAAGGCUCUUCUGCGAGUUGGUCGUUUUGUCGUUUCUCGGCGGAAAAAUGGAGAUCAGCAAAACGACGAUCGGUAUUGCGGCCGGAGUCGCUGGAACGCUGUUCCUCGGCUACUGCAUUUACUUCGAUCACAAGCGCCGCAAGGAUCCGGACUUCAAGAAGAAGCUUCGCGAGAGACGAAAAGCGAAGAAAGCAGCCUCCGCUGCUGGAGGACCACGGUCGAACAUGCCCAACAUGGCCGAUCACGAAGAGGUGCAGAGAUUUUUCCUGCAAGAAAUUCAAAUGGGAGAAGCUUUGAUCUCAUCCGGCGAUAUCGAGAAUGGCGUUGAGCAUCUGGCUAAUGCAGUUAUAGUAUGCGGUCAACCUGCACAACUUCUACAAGUCCUCCAGCAAACAUUGCCAGCCCAAGUGUUCUCAAUGCUAAUCAGCCGCAUGCGACAGUACGGCAACCAGAAUGGCGGAGGGGAAAGUGAGCGGGCUAAAUUGCAGGAUAUGAACGACGAUCUGGAGUAGUCUCGAACCGGUAAAGUCAUACAUACCCUACAUAAAACAUACUGAGAGAAAAAAUACUAAAGACUCAUUCCGGUCAGCGUCUAUACAGACUGGAAGGAUGUUUUUACCAAAUACUGAGUGCAGUAUCCUAUAAAAUACAAGUUUAUUUUUUUUCGCAUAUCGUACAACAGAGUAGAGCAGCAACCAACAACAAAGAAGAAGUGCUUUAGAACAAACACAUUUAUUCAGAUGGUUGAGAAGAGAGCUUUAGAAAAUGAAAAUAACGUAGAAUUGGCUAUUGUUUCACGCUGGUCUUUGUUUCUC